ACAGCUGUCAGUCUCCACCCACGCAAAGUUUUCCUUUCGCUUCAUCUGAUCAGAUUUUGAUUCCAUUAUUGAGCUACUUGAAGAAGUUUUUGACAAGCAGCUUAGGCGACGGUUUUCUCGGCGCACAGGAAGGCAUUAAUUAAGUGCAGGUUCGGCAAGGUGUUGUCCCUUCGAAAACUACCCGGUAAUGUCGUUCAAGAAGGAUGUGGUUCUGCUCAUUAAACCUUACUAUUGGGUUAAUAUUCUGAUGAGCCUUUCGUUUAUCGUGGCCAAGCGUGCUCCCAUGCUAUGCAACUUUUUAUGGACUUAUCUGUUCAAUCAGCAGGAUCAGUGCGAAUUGGAUGGGCGAGAGACAGAGAUUCUGUUCUUCCUGCUCAUCGUUGUCAUGAUCCGGACAAGAAAAACUGGAAGUGUCACGAUGAUUAACUAUUUGACGUCCAGUUUCACGUAUACGAAGGUUGCAAAUCUAGGCUUGUGGUUCUACAGUGAUAUUCGAUUGGGUUUGAUAUAUGGGGUGCUGUUUAUUUUGGUUGCGUUAACUCUUCCAGAACCAACAUAUUCCGGACCGAAUAAUGUAGUGUACCUUCGCACGGAGAAUGGCCUUGACGAAGAACUGGAAAGAGACAAACGUGUUAAUUGGUUGGUCACAUUCUACACCGUCUGGAAUCCAGCUUGCGCAAAUUUCGCUCCGAUCAUCGCUGAGUUGUCUGCUGAGUACAAUCUGCCCAACCUGAAGUUCGGAAAAGUGGACAUAGGACGGUUCCCAAAUAUCGGCAAGAAGUACCAUGUUUCCGACAGUUCCUUCAGCCGACAACUGCCCACGGUGAUACUGUUCCGCAACGGCAAGGAGGUGACCCGUCGUCCCUACUCCGAUUCCAAGGGUAAGCUGGUAAAGUUCUUUUUCUCCAGUGAUAACGUUAAGGCUGCUUUUGAUCUGAACAACCUAUACAAAGAAUGUAAAGAUAAUCCGAUCAAAAAUACCGGCAAGGCUAUUGCCGAGAAGAAGAAGAAUUAAGUUGUAGCCAUUUAUCGUUUAGCAUUUAAAAGCCUUUUUUUGUUAGAAUCGUGUUGAGCACUCAUUCAGCUUAAAAAUAGCGUGACGUUUUAAUUUAUUGUUCCUCGAUUUAAGAUACAAUGCUCGUCAUUACAUAAUCGUGCCGUUGAAAAGAAAUCGAAUAAGGCGUAGUUUUACGAUAGAUAUUUUUGACUACGUCACGCCAUUAUCUAACAUUGUGCAGAGGCGAUAAUUAUCAAUACCCAAUCGAUGAGCGUGUAUGAAGUCGCAUUCUGCCUCAAAACAAGCCCUUUCGUCCGUUGUAUGUCAUAAAUAGUUAAUUAUUAAGCGCGGUAGUGUUAGAAAAUUGUGAACCGUACGUUUUCUGUUUUUGCAUCUUAAGUCAGUUUCAUACGAGUUGUGUUGAUUUAGGUUUAAGAUUUUAUUGAAACGCAAUGAAGCAAGCGCAAAAUGGUAGUCAAUAAAUUUAGUGAACGAUUGAAA